AUGGCUAAGAGAAUUGACAGUUUACAAGUUACAUCAGUGAAUGUCACCAAUCAACCAUCAACUGGGUGGGGAACAAAUAAAGAAAACCAAGAGGAUCAGCAGCAGGAACAAGUUCAAUAUGUGCACAAUCAAGGUUCUGGAUCAAAUGAGCAAGCUGUGAUUGAAAGGCCAACAAGCUCACUCUUAAGUGACACCAUUCCAAAUCCUAAAGAAGAAUUCAAAGCUAUUCAAUUAAGGAGUGGAAGGACCUUGGUGAAUAACAAGGAAAUCGACAAGAAGCUUAUGGACAAUGAAAAAAGGCCAAUUGAGGAAGAUGAAGCUGUACUAAACAAGAAGGAACUAGAGAAGCUUAAAGAGAACAAUGACCAGCUACAAAAUUCAAGAAAAGGGAAGCAAGUAAUAAAAGAACCAUCUCAAGAACAAAGGCAAGAAGUGAAAGCUCACACACCUCCCUUGCCAUACCCUCAAAGGUUCAACAAGGAGAUCAAGGAUCAAUACUUCCCCAAAUUCCUUGAAGUCUUUAAGAAGUUGGAGAUUAAUAUCCCCCUGGCUGAAGCAUUAGAGCAGAUGCCUCUAUAUGCAAAGUUCUUGAAAGAGCUCAUCAAUAAAAAGAGAAGUUUGCAUGAGAAGGAAACCAUUAUGCUCACUGAAGAAUGCAGUGGUGUGAUUCAAAGGGGUAUUCCACGAAAACUCAAAGAUCCAGGGAGCUUUGUGGUUUCAUGCACCAUAGGCAAAAUGACAUUAGAGAAAGCUCUCUAUGAUCUAGGUGCUAGUAUCAACUUGAUGUCCCUCUCAAUGAUGAGAAAACUUGCCAUAGAAGAAAUCAAACCCACUAGGAUGUCACUGGUGAUAGCCGACAGAUCAAUUAAGACUCCCAAUGCUGUUGUGGAAAAUCUAUUAGUGAAGGUUGGAGAGUUUAUCUUCCCUGUGGACUUUGUGAUCUUGGACACAGAAGAGGAAGGAAACAACUCAAUUAUCUUGGGAAGGCCAUUUCUAGCUACGGCAAGAGCUAUUAUCGAUGUAGAAAAGGGAGAAAUGAUAUUCAGGGUACACAAAGAGCAAAUGGUCAUCAAUGUUUUCAAAUCAAUGCAACACCCCCUUGAGCAAGAAAACUACAUGAGAGUGGAUAUGACAGAAAGAUUGGUGGAAGACAUGCUGGAAGACAAUUGUCAUGAGCAAUAG